GUCAGACCAGUUUCCUGGCUGCAGGUAUUUUUGCCUGGGCGGGACUGCUGGGUUUAAAGAGCCUGAACCCACCAGGGCCAACCACAGACCCAGUGGCCUCUCCGGACCGGCCCCCUGCGCUGGCCUCUCAGAACGCUGACGCACAGAGAGGUUUAGUAACCACGCAUCACAGCUGCCCCUGCCCUGCCUGACUGGUGACAUGGAAGAAGUGACACGGGGUCUCCUCCUGCUGGCCGGACUGCCUGCCUUGGAAGCCAACGGCGUCUUUGAUAAAGACAGUCCCUUCUAUUACGACUGGGAGAGGCUCCAGCUUGGCGGGAUGAUCUGCGCCGGGCUCCUGUGCGUUGCAGGGAUCAUCUUUGCUUUAAGUAGCAAAUGCAAAUGCAAGUCCAGUCAGAAGCACAAAUCCUUGCCUGAGAAGGCCACUCCACUCAUCAUUCCAGGCUCUGCCAGUAACUGCUGAGCCCAGGACCGGCUUCAUGGGACUCCAAGACCUGCGCCCCCUUACUCUGGCCUUCUGCCCCUCCCUCCCCACCUGGGGGCUUUAACCUCCAGGCGCUCUUCCUCUCCCAGGGCAGCCCUUAGGCUCCCUUCUGAUGGGGGUAGGAGGAGGCUAUCCACAUCCUAUUUAUAAAUUAAA